CUGAUCUUUACGGCUAUUACAGUUUAAUUGUAAUUUCUAUAUUUAACACAUUUACGUUAAUUCAGAUAUAAGUGUAUAUCCAAGAAAAUCGUAGAAGCUAAAUUUAGAAACUGGAAAAUAUGUAUUUCUAUUACUCAUGCAAUUUCUGUUUAGGUUCAGAUUUCGUAAAUUUUUUGUCGAGAUAAAACUCAGCCCACAAAAAGGAAAUAUUACUUUAAGUUUGUGCAAUUGUAAUUGACAAUGAAUCAAAUGUACAAUUGGUUGUAUAUUUCAACGGAUAUUGAUUCACAUUUUUAAUGGGAGGACAUUUUAGAGAAGCACUUCAAAUGGAAAGAAAGAACACUUACUUCUAAAAUAUGGAAGAAACUGCUGCCACGUGUCCAAUAUGUUAUGACUGUCUCACAUUUCCAAAAAUAUUGGAUUGCAGACAUACAUUUUGUUUUAAAUGCUUGAAAGAUUAUGGAGAUGAAGUAUUAUCUAGGAAUCAAAAACUGUCUUGUCCGUUAUGUCGAACUAAAUUUAAUAUUCCAAAAGGAGGAUUAAGUCAGUUUUUAACAAAUUAUUUUGUGUCAAUUUGUAAACCAGAAAAAUAUUGCAAGAAUUGCCAAAUGUCUGAAGUCAUUUACAUAUGUUGUGGUAUCUGUGGACUACUCUUAUGUAAAAAGUGUUUCAAAACACAUAGGCAUUUCGACCGUUCUACUGAUGAGUCAUCGGAUGAAGAAGAGGAAGACAGACAUCAAUCCAGAAUGCCAUUACAAAUUCAAUUCGCAAACAAACAACAUAAUAUUCAAACGAAUAUAAAUUGCAAACUUCAUACACAAUUCGUUGUUGAGAUACCUGUUGAUAAUGAAGAUCACCACGUUAUUUCUUGUCUAUCUCCUUCAAAGAACGGGGGCAUGUAUGUUUUGUCGUAUGAUGCACCAUUAAUUAUGAAAUAUGACCACAAUGGAUAUAUGAUAGAUGGAAUUAGAAUACCAGAUAAACAUAAAUGCUAUGCUAUUAUUGAAAUUUGUGAUGAGAGUUUAUUAGCGGUAUUUCCCGAUGAGAAACUGAUUUUAAAGUAUGCCUUCGGUGGUUGGUCACAUUUCUUGACAUGCAUUGAUUUCUGUCCAAUUGAUUUGGUUGAAUUAUCAAACGGGAAAAUAUUGGCAUGCGGUCCAGAUAUAUGGAAUCCGAUUUACAAAAGAAACAUUUCCAGGAGAGGACACGUGCAUGUUUAUUCCAUGCAUGGAGAACUGCUUUUAAAAUUGAAUGAAAUUUCAAGAGAAUGCAAUACGCUCGAAUUUCCACACAAAAUUGCUUAUAAUAAGAAAGCGGGAACAAUUGCUGUUUUAGACCUGGAAACUCAUUCUAUUACAAUUUUAAAAGUUUCAGAUGGAAAUUGUAUAAUACAUAAAGCUAAUAUUAGUAUGGUUACAAUGUCAGUUCCAUUUCUUGAAAUAGAACAUCAAAUUAAUUUUCGACCUACUGGCAUUUGCAGUACCGAUACUGGACAGUUCAUUGUUUCUACUCCAGAAGGGUGUCUUCAUGUGAUAGACGAAUUCGGACAUUUGCGUUGUAUAGGUUUUACGAAUUGUGAAGACAAAUUUGGGCGAUACAAACCAAACAUAGCGCUCGAUAAGAAUGGUGUACUUUGGUGCAGUGACUCACAGUUCGGUACUUUAAAAACUUUCAAAAUUACCAAAUAUCACAAUUUCUUCAACAGCAGCAAUUAUAGUUGAGCAGUACUCGUAUUUCAAAAUAACUGAUUAAUAUCACAAUUAUAGACACUUUUUUAUUUAAUAUUCCAAAAGGAGGAUUAAAUAUUUCAUAAUUUGGCUUGUUUAAGUAAGAACAUUUUUCAUGAUCUUACAACAAUUUGAUUUAUAAAAAUGUUUUCGUCUGUGCCCCCCAGGAGACAUAUUUUGAAGUAUUGAGCGUUUACUACUAGAAAUGUAUGAAUAUAUGUAAAGAAUAAAA